UAGGCUCACAGCAUUCACAGCCAUAUUGUUAUUCCCUCACUUCAAAUCCUUACCGAGUUCGAAUCUUACUUUUCUUUUCUUUUUUCUGAUGUUGAUCUGCUACGCUUGUGUACUAGUUUUGUUCACAUCGAGUCAUCAUGGUUGGAAGGCGGAGUAUAGGCAAAAAACUAGACAGCCCGUCGAGGCAACUUGUCUACGACCUUGCCAAAGAUCUCCAAGCUAUACGAUUACAUCACGAGGAUCUGAAAAGGGUCUAUGAAUAUCGAGCCCAUGCCUUGGAGCAAGAGGAGGAUGAAAUCGAUCGCGUUCAUCAGGAUUUCUACUAUGCGGCCAUCGAUAAAACGUACGAUUACUACGACGGACACCGUCGAGAAGCAGAGAUCGUCCUUCAGGAACAUCUACGAGAAGAAGAAGAAAAAGAAAGGAGGAGACAAGAGGAAGAGCGACGGCGUCAAGCAGAAAAAGAACGGCUAGAACGCGAACGAAAGGAACGUGAAGAAGCGGAACGAAAAAAAGCAGAAGAAGCUCGAUGGGAAGCAGAGAGGCUCGCUCGUGAGGAAACAGAGCGCCGUCAAGCUGCUGAAGCGGAAGCCAAGGCCCGCAAAGCUGCCGAAGAGGAAAAGCUUCGCCGCGAACGUGAAGAAGCAGAAGCAAAGGAACGCCAACGGCAGCAGGACUUGCAAAAGGCUGAGGAGGAAGAGAUACGGCGGCAAACACUAGGAGCUGGAGGAGGCAUUAGUCAGGAAGAAGUGAAGGAGCAGGAGCGCUAUCUGGAAUUGCACAAAUAUAUGAAGGAAUUGAGAAGAUUUGUUCUCGCGGAGGGAAAGAAAGAUCCAGCUUUGAAGAGCACAGUCGGAGACCAUCGUCGGGCGAUUACUAAAUGUCUUGGUCAAUUAAGAGAAGGGCAGGGGACGGCUGCAAACAAGGGCCAGGUAACCGAAAUCCGAGACAUACUUCGCAAAUCCCAGGAUAUACCUAUACCCUGUGAUGUCCGUCGAUUCUUUGUGCACGCGCCUGAAGAAAUCACGAAUCUACCCGAAGACAAGGCCAAAGUCUCGGCCGUCUUUGUAUAUCUCCUCAACAUAUUCGUCAAGGCUGUUGUCUCACAGCUCAUCAAUGAAGCAGGCAUCAAGCUUGAAUAUGCAGAACCACUAGGAGUUGUGGUUGCCCAGAUCUUUUCGACGGAGCAAUUCUGUUUUCAAGGGCAUGCCUUUUCUGAUAUCUUUUGGGCCAAAUAUCGAGCGUCCUGUCCUGCACUGUGGGGAUUUUACGGAGACGAAAAGACCGUCGCUGGAAAAGAGGCAUUGGGUUGGAAGCGAGUGGAACCCGGGGGCCCCUUCUUGCAAGAAAUCGAUCAUCGUCAACGGAUGGUUGGGUUAGGUGGUGGCUUUGCAGCAGUGACGUUGCGCAACUUUGGAAAGACGAAUCGAAAAAACCCGUUUCCCAACUAUCUGUUUUGGAGAGCGGUAGCCAAACUGGUCUCAAUACCACCAGGUAAACUGCAAGAAACCCAUUUCUAUAUUCUAUAUGCCAUGUUACGUUUCUCCGCGGACCGCAUCAUUGGCUUCUGGGGUCAUGCAGGACUGGGUCUACUUCGGAAUGCUAUCGUCGAUCUGCCUAAUCGUGCCAUUAACAAGCAAGGCGGUGCAAUUGGCCAAUUGAAGGUUCUCAGGGGAUUGUAUUCAACCGAGAAGAGCAUUCUUAUUUGAGGUUUUUUUUGGGCUGGCGUUGACGAUACGGUGUCAUAUACUGUAUCGUAUCGGGUUCGGAUUCGGGCUCGGAUUCAGGUUCGGGUUCGCGGUUUUAGAGUUGAUAAGUAUGUUGAUGUCGAUGUCGAUAUCGUUUUCCCUAUCUUGUACCCUCUGGGUUGUAAUUUUGAGAAAAAAAAAAGAGCCAAUCUCUAGCAUGAUUGCCACUCAUUCAACAAAAGCAGACAUCCAUUCGUCGGAUGAUCAGAUGUAGAAGUGCCAUAUCUCGGAACAAUUCCAAAUCUUCAAAUCUCC